GCGUUUUGGGAGAAAGAUCGGCAUACUAUCCUCUUCUUAGGACCCUUGGAAUCCUUAAAAAUCCUGUAACCUUCCUUCAAUAGAGUAUAAUCUAGAAUUUCUUACGAAGUCGGACUAUCUUCGAGAACAAAGAUGGCACAAUUUCAAAGUCUCAAAACUGGUUUAUAGAGUAUCAGUCGGGUUUUAAGAAGAGUCAAGUCUCGGAUGCUAUUCCCGCCGAUCAACGCCGCCUUCACUUAUCCUCUGCAUUGGAACCUAAAGCCACGAGGUCAUGUUACCGUCACGUAACCAUCCAUUGUCGUCGUUUUGUGUCCACACAGUGAGCCCCGGUGGGCGUCGGACUGUGCGCAUGCAAGUUGAUUCUUAGAGUCGUCUUGCAGGAUCCUUCGACGACCUAAUCCUCUCAACCCUUGCCCCUUUAUCAAAUCGUAUCAAAUCUGGGCAUUUCUUGGCCGACCAAAGAUGAAUAUCUUCUUAGAAAAGAACACUCUAUAGUUUCUAGUCUCGAAAGUCAUUCGUUCUUUCAUGUUUCUGGCACGAUGAGUCGCUAUCUCGUAGCCACUGCUUUGGUCUGGUGUUCGGUAGUUCUGUCGACCCUAGGUCAGACUUUCUCUGGAUUCGAGCCGUCCACCUCGAAUCCGCUGACCGUAAUAUGGGGCGCGACUCCUUUGAACUAUUCCGGCCAGCUACUGCCGCUUGACUUCCUCAACGCCCAAAGCUUUCCUACCGUGGGUCUACCGGUAGAGUCCAAUUGUAAUGGCACUUAUAUCCUUCUGAUGGUGGACCCCGAUGCGCUGCAAGGCGAUAUCGAAACUCAGACCGGUCUGCAUGCCAUCCGAGGCAAUUAUACGUGUGAUUCAGGACACGUGACAACCUUGGGUAACAGUACUUUCCUUGAGCUGGACACGGAGUCACAGUUUCUGGCGUCGUAUAUUCCGCCGGCGCCACAAGCGAAGAACCCGGUCGUAACGCAUCGUUACACGCUCUUGCUAUUCAAUCAGCCGGAUAAUUACACUCUUCCCGACACCCUGACCUAUGCCCUACCCCUUGACUUGUCGAAUGUCACCAACAGGUUGAACUUCAAUGUUACGGAGUUCGUCGACACUUUAGGGGAGUCCAUCGUCGCUGGAACCUACUUCGAUGUGAAUAGUCCUCUAGCCAAUUUGACCACAACCCCAUCGGCAACUAGUACUGGCGGCGCUUCUUCUACCAGCGAAGCUUCUUCAAGCCCAACUCCUGAAAAUGGAGCUAGAUCUGCCGGACUAUCAGGCACUUCAGUGGGGAUGGCAGUAGUUGGGUGUGCCCUAAGUAUAGCGUACAUCACCACCGGACAAUAGCUGCUGGGGGCUAGUGCAUCGUCCACUAAAAUUCGGUAGCGAAGCGCAAACAAAAACUCGUUACCCGUGAGGACCAAGUCGGGCUCAGGGGUAAUUCCUGUAACAUUACACAUCAUUAUAAUAAUUAAUAGUUAGAUGUAUAUUACCUCAAAC